AGCCGUGUGAAACACAUAGACUACAGUCAGUCUUCGUUGUUUGUUUUGCAGUUUAUUUGAUAAAGUUACCCAACUGGUCAACUGUUAUCAUGGCAAAGCCCCUCGCUCAGUGCGACUCCUCCCCCUCAACAUCCAGAACCGAUGCGGCUACUGCACCGAGAAAUGAGAGAAGUGCUGAGGACGACAUUCUGAGCCGGUUUAAAAUCGGCAAAAUGCUUGGUUUUGGAGGAUUCGGCAAGGUUUAUGAAGGGAAGCGCUUGGAGGAUGGACUUGAGGUGGCAGUGAAAAUUGUCAAAAAGUCAAAGAACAUGGAAUACAUCACAAUUCCUGGUCAUCCUACACCCGUCCCAUUAGAGGUCGUCAUGUUAAAAUAUGUUAAUAGGGGCAAGAAAGUUAAAGAGAUCAUUGAACUGCUGGACUGGCAGGACCAGCCUGACCAAUAUAUCAUGGUCUUGGAGCGUCCCCCACACUGCGAAGAUGUGUUUCAUUUUUGGGAUAAUCACAAACGCAUCCUCAGGGAGGAAAUGGCAUGGACUAUCAUGGCACAGGCAACAACGGCUGCUCAGACGUGCUGUGACCGAGGAGUUUUCCACAGCGACAUCAAGUUACAAAACCUGCUGAUCAACCCAGAAACACGUGAGGUCAAACUGAUUGACUUCGGGUGCGGGAGAUUCCUGAAAGAGUCCGCCUAUGACGACUUCUGUGGAACAAGACCGUACUGUCCACCUGAGUUCGACAAAAGGGGCAAUUACCACGGUAAACCAGCUACUGUGUGGUCUCUGGGAAUGCUCUUAUUCGAGAUGGUUUGUGGACGCUUUCCAGAAGCCAAAGACCAUCUGAGGAUUAAGAAAAACAUCUGGUCUGAGCGUCACUUGUCAAAAGAUUGCUGCCACCUGAUUCGACGCCUCCUGCGGGAAAACCCAAGACGGCGGAUUGGUUUGGAGGAAAUCAUUUCCCAUAAAUGGUUUAAGGUGUGCGACUCCCCCUCAACAUCCAGAACCGACGCGGCUACUGCACCGAGAAAUGAGAGAAGUGCUGUGGACGACACUCUCAGCCGGUUUAAAAUCGGCGAAAUCCUUGGUGUGGGAGAAUUCGGCAAGGUUUAUAAAGGAAAGCGCUUGGCGGAUGGACUUGAGGUGGCAGUGAAAAUUGUCAAAAAGUCAAAGAACAUGGAAUACAUCAGAAUUCCUGGUCAUCCUACACCCGUCCCAUUAGAGGUCGGCCUGUUAACCGCUGUUAAUAGGGACCCCAAAGUUAAAGAGAUCAUUGAACUGCUGGACUGGCAGGACCAGCCUGACCAAUAUAUCAUGGUCUUGGAGCGUCCCCCACACUGCGAAGAUGUGUUUCAUUUUUGGAAUAAUUGUAAUCGCAUCCUCUGUGAGGAAACGGCACGGACUAUCAUGGCGCAGGCAACAACGGCUGCUCAGACGUGCUGUGACCGAGGAGUUUUCCACAGCGACAUCAAGUUACAAAACCUGCUGAUCAACAAAAAAACACGGGAGGUCAAACUGAUUGACUUCAGGAGCGGGAGAUUCCUGAAAGAGUCCGCCUAUGACGACUUCUGUGGAACAAGACCGUACUGUCCACCUGAGUUCCACACAAGGGGCAAUUACCACGGUAAACCAGCUACUGUGUGGUCUCUGGGAGUGCUCUUAUUCGUAAUGUUGUGUGGACGCUUUCCAGAAGCCAAAGACCAUCUGAGGAUUAAGAAUAACACCUGGUCUAUGUUUCACUUGUCCAACGAUUGCUGCAAACUGAUUCGACGCCUCCUGCAGAAAGACCCAGCCCAACGGAUUGGUUUGGAGGAAAUCAUUUCCCAUAAUUGGUUUAAGUUGCUGUCAAAACCCAAAUUUAAUGGAGUGGAGAAGAUCAAAACAUGGACAUACAUGGCUGCUACGGGACUGAAUGUGACCCCUGGACCGGAUUACGCACAGGUACUCUGUUUCUCUGUCCAGGUCGUAUCCAGAUUGAGUCGACGCGGCUGAAAAUCAUCAACCAUUUGAGGAAAAUGAGAUGCCGAUGAGAAAGAGGACAAGGACGGGAAGUUUUGUGAAGCUGCCGUCUCUUCAUUAUCGCAGCUCAGACCAGACCACUGCACCGAUAAAUGAGAGAAGUGCUGAGGUGCCUGUGCUCUAGAGGAUCAUGGUCUUCAGAUACCUCUAUCCAGUGGUCUUGAAGUCGUUCCUCCUGUAGAUCCGCAGGUUCAAACCCCUUCAGCUCCAGUCCACCACAGUCCAGCACCAGAUCACAGAGUGGACGUAACAACUGA